AAUAAAGUUUUAAAUAAAGAAAAGAAAAAAAGACGUUGCCAUGGCAGCUCCUCCUGUGUACAGCUAAGCUAGUUAGUUAGCUCGACCUGAGCCGAGGACCGAAUCUCCUGACUCCCCGUUAGCUGACAAGCUAACUGCUGUUUAACGUUACUCUUAUUACUAUUUGUGAGCCUGCGCGAUAUUUGACGAUGCCACCGAAGACUAGAAGCAAAAAGGCCGCAAAGGGGAAAUCUUUGGCGGUGGUGGACGGCCUGUCCACGGAGGAGAUGUCCAAGGACCAGCUGGAGGAGCACAUCGUCCGCCUCCGAGAGGAGCUGGACCGAGAGCGGGAGGAGAGGAGCUACUUCCAGCUGGAGAGGGACAAGAUCCAGGCCUUCUGGGAAAUCUCCAAGAGGCGCCUGGAGGAGGAGAAGGCGGAGCUGAGGAACAGGAACAGGGAGAGAGAGGAGGCAGAGGAGCGCCACCAAGUGGAGAUUACUGUGUACAAGCAGAAGCUGAAGCACGUCCUGUCCGAGCACCACGCCAUGAUCUCCGGCCGGAAGGCGGACGCCGUCGCCGCGACGACGCUGGUGCAGAACCGGCACGCGCGGUCCGAGCUCGGGCUUCAGAGGGAGCUGCACGGCCUGCAGGCCGACUUCAGGGAGAAGAAGCUCCACAACGAAAAAGGCUUCAAGGAGCUGAAGCUGAAGCACCAGGUGGAGUUAAUGGAGCUGGCAAACAGCUGUGAUAAGAGAAUCCGAGAAAUGGAGGUGAAAUAUCACGAGAACAUGCAGUCGACGUCCGCGGCGGAGUCCAAAAAGCAGCGGGUCGUUGUCGCCGACAUCGAGGAGAGGAUGAGGAGUCGCGUGGUGACGCUGGUCGAGGACCACGACCGAGCGCUCAGGCGCGCCGAGGACUACUACUCCACGGUCCAGAAGAAGCUGCUGCUGGAUCAGAAUACGCUGAAGGAGGAACUCUCGACGGUGACCAAGCUGCAGGCGCGAGUGGUCCAAAAGCUUUCGGCGGCCGAGCAGGAGAACCGGCGUCUGAGCGAGUCGCUGCAGGAAGCCCAGCGGAAGCUUCCGGAGCUCCAGAAACGGCAGCAGGACUCCAAGCAGGCCAAGUCCAAGAUCGUGGCCACCAAAGCCCGCGUGAAGGUCCUGGAGAAGGAGCUCAGGGACGUGUCGGUGGAGCACGAGCUGCUGCUGCAGGCGUUCCAGAAGGUUCAGCAGGAGCGCGACGAGCUGCUGAGGAAGCAGACGGAAACCAUCCUGGACGUGCAGCAGAGGAGCGGACUGAAGCACCUGCUGCUGGAGAGGAAGCUGUCGGCGCUGACCGACGCGGUGGAGAAGAAGGAGGCGCAGCUCUGCGCCGCACUCUCGGCCUCCAACGUCGACCGGACCGCCGGCGGCCGGGCCGCCAACAAACUCGAGGAAAUGCUGGAGUCGAAACAAGCCACCAUCGACGCCCUGCAGAGCGACCUAGCUCGAGACGCUAAGGAGUACGACGACCUGCUGCAGACCUGUAAUGAGAAGCUGAAGGAUUUGGGCGUCCCCCUGUACGACUUCCCCUUCAGGCCUUCGGAGCGGCUCCUGGGCCGACAGACCCAGGUUCAGGACUCUCCGGGACCGGAGUAGUCCAGGUGUGAACUCACCUGCUCUACUCGGGGAGGGGGUGGGGGGUGGGGGGGGGGCACCCCAACCCAAACUACUUGAAGUCUGACGUCCUUUAUCACGUUACUAAGCAACUAUAAACUAUAUUUUAAAUCAUAAUACCCCGCGACUCAUUUACAUUUUUUUGGGUCUUUAUUUUAUUUGGUGUGUUUUCAACAAUUAUCGGUUUAAUGUAUUUAGUGUCGUUCAAUUUGGGUUCUUUAAGUACAAUGUCUUAGUGGAAUGAAGAACAUGGAUCCUCAUGACGACGAUGACACUUUCACAUCUUCCUCGAGUUCCCUUCAGAACUAUUGAUGGUGAACAUUUAAAGUAAAAAAAAUCUGAAUUUCUGUAAUAAUAAUAACUUCCUGAAGUCUUGUCGUCGUCACGAGGUUGCCUGGCAACCAGCGGAGCACAUAGCACAACCUAAAAUGCUUAGCUGUUGCUGUGAGACUGAUCCUUCAACUGGGAUGGAGGAAUAAAAACCAGUUGCUGUGGUACGUUCCUUUUACUGACAUUCAAUGUCAACAGUUUACAUCACAGACGAGCACAUCGUAUAGAAAAACUAUGCACAUCAACAUUUACACUUUAUACACUCCCAGUCUUAUGGCUUAUGGAGACACAAACAAACAAACAAACAAACAGGAAGCAGUCAAGUGGGCUCCACAAACCAGCUUCCUGUUCACACGGAUAACAACAACCGUGAGGACGACUUCACGAUCGGAUCGCUCGUCUUCUUUUGGAAAAUAAAAUCAGCGAAACAAUGCCUCUGAAUUAAUUAUUCGUAUCUGCGUACUUUUGUACUAUUUGGAGAAAAAAAAAGAGGAAAAAUAAUGCAUUCGAAGUCGAUCGGUCAAAGAUGAGUUUUGAAUUCGCGCCGACGCGGAAAAGAAAAAUGGCCGCCAAAACACAGCCACCCAACCUUAGUGCACACAAGAGAGAAAACAGUCGCCGCAGCUUCAUAAACGCGCGAAUUUUGGGAAUUAUGACGAGUUGAAAUGCAUCGGACGCUCGGUUCUGAUAUUACGCGCAUCGCUCCAAUGAACAAAGUGACGCCGUACUUUACAACAGUUCUUUGAACGCAUCCUUUUGAGGCCGUCGGUGCAGCGGGUUGCUCCUCCAUUUGUACAGCAGAUAAAACACACAUUAUUAUAAACGUGUCAAGAAAAUGCAGUAGAACUACGUCUUCCUUUCUUUUUUUGGACACCGUUCAGUCAUUUGCGGGUUCUAAAUAUUAUUUGGCAGCUGAAAGUCAACAAAAAGGGCACUUUGACAACUGAAAACCGUUUUUUUUUAAUCCUUAUUAUAUAUUAAUCUUCCUGUUCAUGCUGGACAUUAAGAGAUUCCUUCCAAAUGUAAGCUGUGGAGUAUUUAUCUUCAUCUCCGAGUUAUUAACCA